AUGGACUGGGAUCCAACGCCCCCUGGUUCCUCGGCGUGCGUCACUUUAUGCGCGAAUUUCAUGAAACUGGAUCUAGGAAAUUAUAAAGACCUCUGCACGUUGAUCGCCGCCAGGGAUCCAGCGUUCCAGGAUUUUAUAAAUAAUAAAGUUUUCAGCGGAACGUCGGGAGGAAUUCAGAACGAGCUUAUAGAAUGCAUUGAAAGCUACAUGCUUCAAACAAUUAAAAGAGAAGAUCUUGAUGCUGAGUUCGUGUCCAUUAUGAUGGAUGAAUCAACAGAUUCGGCUCGGUUAUCGCAACUAUCUUGUACUCUGCGCUACUUACGACCCGAUGGAACACCAGUUGAAAGGCUCGUUAGAUUGGCAGACGUUAGCAGUGACAAAACCGCCGCUGCGUUGGCCGGACACGUUGAUGAAAUAGCAGCGUAUUUUGGUCUUGAUGGUGACAAAGUUGUAGCUCAGAGCUAUGAUGGAGCUGCUGUAAUGUCCGGGGACAAAUCUGGAGUGCAAACAUUGGUGAAGCAACGGUUUCCAAAAGCUGGAUAUAUCCACUGCCGCGCACAUGUGCUUAAUUUGGUGCUACUUCACUCGUGCACAAAUAACAAGAAAUCAGCAAGGUUUUUCAACACGAUCUCAUCACUCGCGGCAUUUUUCUCGCAGUCACCUUAA